CCGGGCUGUCCCCGCUCGGGGCCGUGCCGCGGUGGGCAGCCCCCCGGCCCCGCCGUGUCGGGGAGCCGGCCCGGACCCCCGGGCAGCGAUGGCCGCUCGCAUCCUGCACCGGCUGCGGCACGCGCUGGCCGGCGAGGGCGGCCGGGAGGAGCCGGCGGGAGGCGGCGGCGAGGCCGAGGACUGCCCGGAGAGCUCGGAGCUGGAGGACGACACCGAGGGGCUGUCGACGCGCCUCAGCGGCACCCUGAGCUUCACCAGCCACGAGGACGAGGAGGAGGAGGAGGAGGACGAGGAGGAGGAGGACGGAGCUAGCGAGGAGCUGGAGGAGCCGCCGCAGGCGCAGGGGGCGGCAGCAGGCGCGGAGGACGGAGGCAAGUGCUGGGGCGGUGAGCUGGGGGGACUGGGGUGACCCCGCUCCCCGGGGCAGCAGCAGCCCGGUGGGGUCCGGCAGCCUGGAGAUGUCGGGGGGCUGGCAGAGCCCUGUCCCCACGCUGGGCAAUGACACCCCUCUCCCGACACAGAGUGGGGCCCCGCGGCGGAGCGCCCCGGCGGCAGUCUGCUGACCCGGCAGCUGCAGGAGCUGUGGCGGAGGUCGCGGGGCAGCCUGGCACCGCAGCGGCUGCUCUUCGAGGUCACCAGCGCCAGCGUGGUCAGCGAGCGCUCCUCCAAGUACGUGCUCUACACCAUCUACCUGAUCCGCACCGGCCAGUUUGACAAGGCCCCCGCCACCAUUGCCCGGCGCUACUCGGACUUCGAGCAGCUGAACCGCCGCCUGCGCUGCCGCUUCGGCUGCGACAUGGCCGGCGUCGCCUUCCCCAGGAAGAGGCUGCGCCGGAACUUCACCGCCGAGACCAUUGCCAAGCGGAGCCGAGCCUUCGAGCAGUUCCUGUCCCAUUUGCACUCCAUCGACGAGAUCCGCCGCUCCCCUGAGUUCCUCGAGUUCUUCUUCCUGCCAGACCUGCGGGCCGCGCAGCGCCUCACCUGCACCGGCAUGUACCGCGAGGCCCUGGCCACCUGGGCCAACGCCUACCGGCUGCAGGACCGGCUGGGGGUCUGCAGCUCCGGCCGCUUCCUCCUGACGUUGGCCGGGCUGGCCGUGUGCCACCAGGAGCUGGACCAGCUCGGCGAGGCCCACAGCUGCUGUGAGCAGGCGCUGCAGCUGCUGGAGGCCCAGGGCAGCCACCCGCUGCUGGGGCCCUUCCUGCAGGCCCACAUCCACCUGGCCUGGAAGGUGGGCAAGGACAAGCGGCGCUCGGAGGCCCGGCUGCAGGACCUGCGGGAGGCUGGGCUGCCCCUGCAGCAGCAGCCCUCCCUGAAGGAGUGCCUGAUCAAGGAGCCUCUGGAGUGAAGCAGCCUGUGCCUGAAUGGGCAGGAGGGCAGGGGCUGCAGGGGACUCACACCCGUGGCAGCCGGGAGCAGAGCGCUGCUGUGAGUGGGGAUGUGGUAGGGGGCAGCGCCACACUCCCAUGGCAGCGUGGCCCAUGCCUGGAGCUGCCUCCUAAAUGCACUUUCUCUGUGGUUAGUCUGUCUGGUGGGACCGGGGGCUCACAGGGGUUCACGGAGGUCCACUGCCCACAGUGACGUUGCUGGAGCCACUCCCCCUCUGUGGGGGAUCCUGGAGUGGCUGGGACUUUAGCUGGGACAUACUGGCACCGCACAAGGGAACGGGAAGGCUUCUGGCAGGGUUUGGGGCUCUUGCCGGGAACUUCCCAUAAAACUUAUAUAAUAAAAAGGACUUUAUUAAAUAAAGUCUUGGCAGGAAGAAGA